AUGUAUUGGUUGGUACUAUGUCCAUUGUUAACGCAUGGCCUGGCUGAGGCGCAUGACCUGGCAGGAGAUAAGUCACGUGCUGACACGCAUGACCUGGCAAGAGAUCCAAACCAAUGUUUGUUCAUUUCAAGUACCCAGACAAUAGAAAGUUCUGAGAAAAUAAGAUCUCUAAAAGAUUCCAAGAUGUGCUUCAAAAGAUCUUGUGACCUUAACGAUGAAGAAAUUAGCUGCGACUCCUUAGGCGGCCAUGUAUGUGUGAAUCUAGCAUGUUUAUGUGAAAAAAGGAUUCCAUUGGACGGGAUGGAAUGCUAUCUAAAAAACUUAACUGAAUAUUGUUGUCAACAUUAUAGUCAAUCGUGUUUUAAUCGAGGCCAACUAAACAAAUCUGACUGUAGCUCUUUCCGAUGUACAUGUCCACAAGUACGUGGAUAUUACAUCUAUAAGGGAGAACGGUGUGAGAAUAUUUCAGUUAUCAGAGUGUGUAUGAGAGUGGACACCGUCAACAAAAGCUACAGAAGCUGUGAUGAUGAAAACGAUAUCACAACGAAGUGUAGAAUUGCUAACGACAACUUGGAAUGUGGACCGGCUCUUCGCAACAUUACAGGAAUUGAUUCCCUGAAGAAGUGUAAGAUAACUUACAACACUAAGACUUCACCCAGACUUCCAAGUGGUGUCGGUAAUGAUGUUCCCAGUAUUUGGUUGCUUUUUCUUGCUUGGCUGUUUGUGUAUUUGGUAUUGUAAUUGUGAUGAAAAGUGGACAGACUGGUUCCGGACCGCCCAACGCAACAAGAAUGGUAACAUCGUGCAGCCGACUCGCCAGAAUGUCAUUACGUGGGUCAGCACAGCUUGGGCUAGUGUCACCGAGGAGACCAUCAUCGGCUCUUUUCUCAGCUGCGGGAUCUCCAAUUCACUGUCCGGAUCCGAGAACUCACUUCAAUCCCGACGACUUAUCGAGGAAGUAGGUGUCAGCGGUGCGGAUACAGACAUUGAGGAGGACAUUGAUGGUAUCAGGGCCGAUGGUAUUCUGUUUGAUUCAGAGGAAUCCGACGACGAGACUCUUCUGUUCGGUGGUUUCGAUCGCUCAUGAACGUGUUGACUCAUUGACAGUGCUAUGGUGAUUUUGUUGUAUUUGUUUGAUUUACUUGUUAUGGAAUUAAUACAAACCUGUUUUUAUAUACUGGACAAAAUAAGUUAAGGAUCAUAAAUUGUGACCAUAAUAUCUUUAAAAAUUCAAAUCAUGUAU